AUGAAAGGAUUUAUGAAUCCAAUUUUUCAACCUGUUGAUAAUAACAUUAUAGUAGAAGAGAGAAGAACUUUUCAAAUGCCUUUGCCAAAUAUACAUUAGGGUGUUGAAGUGCCUUAAGAAUAUGAACGAAUUUUUUCAUCAAUCACAGACUCGUCAUAACAGCUUAACGAUAGUUUAUUAUUGCCAUUUGAUAAUUCAAAAUAUGAGUAAACCCUUUAACUUUAAAAUAAAAAAUGUCAAUAAAUAAAUAAUUCUACAUAAUAAAAGAAUUAGAGACAAAUCGUUAAAGUUGACAAGAAUCGCUUAUAAUAAAUUCUAUAAAUUCUUUCGAGCUAUCAUCAAUCUCAAUAGAAAACAAAAAAAGAAUAAAUAAUAAAUCCUAUUAAUUAAUCAAAGAAUAUUAAGAAUACAUCUGAGACAAAACAAACUUAAAUCAACAAAAUGAAAAAUAAAAUAAAAAACGAUACAACUCCUAAACAUCAACUUACAUCUAAUUUGAAUGAAAAUGAAUAAAAGUCACUUAAGCAAAGAUCUUCAACCAAUUAUACUCCAAGAGCUGAAACUUCACUAAUAGCUACCUGUCACUAUAGUUCCAAAAAUUUGGAUGCAAAUUCUAAUCAAAAAUAAGAUGAUACAAACAUCAUUUAGCUUUUAUAAAAAAGAACAAAAUCUUAAUAUCAUCCAAAACAAAUGAUUAAACAUUAAAUUGAUGAAAUUAAUCAAAAAAUCAUUCAGCUAAAAAGUCUAAUUUUUAAAGCAAUCAAAUUCGAUCCUUUCUUAGAAAAUAUUUAAUAAUACAUAAAUAGGAUUAUUUAGUAAAAUGAAGAUAGUAAUCUUUUGUAAAAAGAAAUUGUUAAUCUAAAAGAUUUUACAAACUCAAAAUCAUUUAAAGAUCAGAAAUACUAUAUUUACUUUAAUAUUUAAAAAUUAUUAUCUUUGGCUAAAGAGAAGUAAAAAAAGUUAUAAAUAAUAAUGAUAUUUAAUAAAGAAGGUUGUUCUAAUGAUAGUCUUUAAAGUCCAAAAACUAAUUGUAUUUUAUCAAGAUAAACAACAUCAGAUAAUAUUACAGAGGAUAUUUAAGAUGACAAAAGAAAAUUUUUUGCAUUAGUUGUAAACAGGAAACUUGAAUUACCCUUUAAUCAUCCAAACAAAGAUUUAUUACUAUGUGACUUAUAUGAAAAAGCAUUGAAAUUGGGUAUUAAGAAAAGUGAUUGGCAAUAAUUUAUUGCUAAUGAAGUUAAAUUUUGA